GUAAUCUAUAAUCUGUUGGCAAUAGAGUUGUUGCUUUCUUGAUAUUGUUCUUAUUAUAUUCUUAUUUACAAACGGAUCAGUUAAAUUAACUGAAGAGAGUUGAUUUAGCUAGGAAGUUUACCUUACUGAUUGAGUGAACGUUUACUACUCACUGUUGAGUCAGUAGUACAAUUCUGAAGUUUGAUCUGAAUUUAUUAGGCAUAUGUGCCAAAAUGUAAAAAUUCUGUUAUGAAGUGACUUCACUUCUUUUUACAGACCUAUGUUUUUCAAAUGGAUAUAGCAACUAUCCUACAACCAAUUUCGAUCAUAGUUAAUUUUCAUUAACCCCUUUUAUUAACUUACUUAACAGACAGUAUUAAUAGAGCAGUUACAAUUCGUCUAUUUCUUUGCACUACUACGAUCUCGAGAUCACAUGACAAACUCUAGCUAAGAUGUUGAUUGCUUAAACAUCACUCGAUGAUUCAUUCUCUUCCUUAUGUAUGUAUAUACUCAAAUCCUAUUAUUAGAUUUUGUUUUGCCUUACUGUGCCCUUAUGCGAUUUGAGUAUAAGUUUGCCUCUGUAUUUGCUCGCACACAUAUAUCCGCCUCCCUACUUCAAAUUCGCUUGAUGUGAUUGUAGUUUUGUGAUCUUCGCUAUCCGCUAAUAAACUGUAGUUGCCGCUUCUCAUUGCAAUUUGGUUUCAAACACUGUUGAGAUUUAUAUUACAAUGGUUACAAGGAUGAUAGAUUAGAGAAGCAAAGCCACUACAUGUAGAUUGAAUGAAGGAUUGUUCUUAAACAUUUAUACAUGUUUAACAUCAAAUCAAACAUUGGAUGAAAGUCAUUUAUUAGAUUUAGCAAAAUUUCUACAAAAUAUGGCUAUUUCUACUCAAAGAUUAUUAGAAGCAAAUGUAGACUUGUGUGUAUUUUGUCGUAACAACAAUGAACCUAAAGAGAUGUAUACUAGUCAUAAAGUUAAAGAUCGUUUUGGUCGAGUAACUUGUCCAAUUCUACGUAAAUUUACUUGUCCAUUAUGCGGUGCUACUAAAGAUCGUGCUCAUACAAUAAGAUAUUGUCCGAGAUUAUUAUUAACAUAUAAUAAUCGAAAUGGUAACAAUAGUGGUGGACCAACUUGUCCUAUGAUUGAAGCUGGUUUGUUGGAACCGAUACAGUUCUCUACAUCGAAUUCAAUUUAAGAAUGAAAUCUACUUAAUAAUAAAAGGACAAUUAAAAUGAAAUAUUUUCC